ACUGCGCAUUUUAUAUGGGAAGGUCUCUUGAUGCACAAGCCUUGUAGAUACUGUAGAUAAAUGCGUAAGCCGUAGAUGUGUUACUGGGGAGCCUAUCAUUACACGAUAAUACAGAAUCAUGCCUAGUGUAGAACGAACAGGUAGUGAUAAGUCGAACGGCAUUCCACGGAGAGAGAAACUGACUUCAGUAAAAGCAAACUGGUAAGUUGUCUAACUCUUAGCAUAAGUGUAUGCAAGUGGUGAUUUUUUUCUUAAACGUUGAAUUUAAUUCAUUGUUGUGUAUUAAUUUGUAUGAAAUGUACAAAAACUAAUUCCUUUGUUUAUGCACCAUUAUGAUUUUUUCAGUUUUAUACACCAGGAGGGUCUUUAUAAUCAACAAGUAUUUUCGAAAUGUCAGCGCCAUUAAGUUCUACAUCACAGUCUCGCGGCCUUUUCCAGAGAAGAUCAUAGAGAUAUUUUUCAAAACCGUCUUUUCGAUCUUGUCGUGAUCGUCUUGCAUGCUUUCUUUCAUCUUAUACCUGCAUAUUCUCCUCUGCUUCAUUAUUUACGAUAUAGUCAUGCAACAGUCUGUAUUUGUUAACGCAUGUCAUUAAUAGACAUAGAUGUAUGAGGUAUCUUAUUCAUGGAGUAAAACAAAAUCUUUAUUAUUAUAUUGUAGACAACACCACACAGACAGUAGAACGUUCUGAUAUUCUGUGCAAUGCUGAUAGCAUAGAGGUAUUUCUUCCUGAACAAUUCUUCACAGUUCCGUCACGGGUCACGUGGCUAGACCCCAACUGUAGCAUCACCAAAAACAGUACUCAUUAUAUCUCUACUAUUAAGCAUGGACAAUGUGGAACGACUGUUAGGCUGACAGAAAACAACGUUAUCUUUGAAAACGAAAUCAACGCCAAUCCAUUAAUAACACAAAAUAUUUUGUUGAACUUCGGGACCUACCCUUACGUUAUUCCAGUAAAAUGUAUCUAUCCUAGGAAGGGAAUGACACUAUCGUCAUAUCAACCACUUAGACAGCAGGUGCGCGUAUAUGAAAAGCGAUUUGGACAUUUGGAUAUAGAUAUGCGACAGUUUGAGACAAACCAGUUCAGGCAUGCACUAGGGGAAUCUAAUUAUCCGAGGAAACACAAACUUAAUUCUGACAUCUUCUUUAAAGUUGCGCUGCAAAAUAUUGGCGCAGCUGAAUUGGGACUUCACCUUGACACCUGCAUAGCAACGAAAACUUCUACUCCAUAUGAUAACGUUUUUAUAAAAUUAAUAGAAAAUGGGUGUCCGAAAGUCAACUUUGUUCACCUUCUUCCGUCGCCAGUCAAUGAGACGAGGUUUAGUUUGAGUGCAUUUGAGUUUACCUCUAGUCAGUCUAAUGUUGUCUACAUCCAUUGUCAGGCUUCUGUCUGUCUAGCAACCUCUCAGUGUACCCCGGAUUGUACACCCAGCAGUCGAAGCAAGCGUGACCUCAACUCUGAACCUUCGCACUUACUGUCGAUGGGACCUCUUCUGUUUGUUUCUGAUAAAGCCUAUACUUCCACUUUGAUUGCCAACGUCAUCGCCGGUGUGUCUGGCACAGUUGCCAUGGUCGCUAUUGUGGUCGCAGUACUGGGAUGGAGAAGAAAAACAAGUACCGCAGUAACUGUUAAUGACAAUCAGCUUUAAGUUGAUAUGAACGCUUCCCAUGUUUUGUCGAUUACAAAUGAUUUGGGAUCAUUUCAUUUUGUCUCAUCCUUGAAAUAAAUUCUAUAUCCAACAAUAUAA